GCGCCCAGGCAGCCCGGGCCCGGUGCCCGGCCGGAGGGGGCCGUGGCCGGCCGUUCCCGGCCCAGAGUGUCCUCGCCGCGCCUCCCGAAGAGGCCCCCAGAGCUCCCGGUCGCCCCCUGGGGGCCCUCAGCAGCCCCGGACUCACCUGCGCGGGCCGCGGGGCGCCCAGGUGCGGGGGCGUGUGCGCGGCGAGGGCGCCUCCCCCGGCCGCCAGCGGGGCGGGGGCGGGGCCGCCUGCCUCCCUCGGCCUCACCGGUCAGCCAGCCGCGCCCGGUAGCGCGGCGAGAGCUCCCCGGAGACCGCGGUGCGGGAUGCUGCCCGCCAGCGCGGCCUCUCGCGCGCCGCCCGCCGCCCCUGCCCCUGACUCCUGGGCCAUGCCCCGCUGUUUACAUGCCGGUGAAGCCCCCGGUCGCUCCGAGCCGCUCCGAGCCCCGGCUCCUCGACGGUGAAGCCAGCCUGCCCGCGAACUGGACUGGUCGCUCAGACCUGGGCCCUCCGGACUUAGAUCCCCGCCUGCUCGGCCGCCUUCGCCACCAUCUGGGCGGGAUCCAGCUCUGAUGUUUUGAGGAGGGGGUGUGGUGUAGGGAAAGGAAUCCUGGGGAUUUCUGGCUUCCCCCCCUUUUUUGGCCUUCGGGGCUUCAGACUCAGGGAACUUGCUCAUGGCUUUCUUGAUGAAGAAGAAGAAAUUCAAAUUCCAAACCACUUUUACCCUGGAGGAGCUGACUGCGGUCCCCUUCGUGAACGGAGUCCUCUUCUGCAAGGUCCGGCUGCUGGAUGGCGGGGAUUUUGUCAGCUUGUCGUCAAGGGAGGAGGUGCAGGAGAACUGCGUGCGGUGGCGGAAGAGGUUCACCUUCGUGUGUAAGAUGAGCGCCAACCCUGCCACCGGCCUGCUGGACCCCUGCAUCUUCCGCGUGUCGGUGCGCAAGGAGCUGAAAGGCGGGAAGGCUUAUUCCAAGCUGGGCUUUGCCGACUUGAACCUGGCCGAAUUCGCAGGCUCAGGCUCCACAGUGCGUUGCUGCCUGCUGGAGGGAUAUGACACGAAGAACACCCGUCAGGACAACUCCAUCCUCAAGGUCACCAUUGGGAUGCUUCUGCUCUCCGGAGACCCCUGCUUUAAGACGCCACCGUCCACCGCCAAGUCCAUCUCCAUCCCGGGUCAGGACUCCUCCCUACAGCUGACGCGCAAGGGCGGUGGGACCAGCAGCAGUGGCAGUGGCACCCGGCCCCCCAAGACGAGGCCCACCAUCCUCAACUCAGGGGUGCCAGAGGAGCCCGAGCAGAACCUGUCCAGCCCGGAGGAGGUGUUCCACUCCGGCCACUCCCGCAACUCCAGCUAUGCCAGCCAGCAGUCCAAAAUCUCUGGCUACAGCACAGAACACUCGCGCUCCUCCAGCCUCUCGGACCUGACGCACCGCCGCAACACGUCCACCAGCAGCAGCACCUCCGGCGGCCUUGGCAUGACCGUGGAAGGCCCUGAGGGCAGUGAGCGCGAGCACCGGCUCCCCGAGAAGCCCCCGCGGCCGCCACGGCCCCAUCUGUCCGAUCGCUCAUUCCGGAGGAAGAAGGACUCUGUGGAGAGCCACCCGACCUGGGUAGAUGACACUCGGAUUGACGCAGAUGACAUUGUGGAGAAGAUCAUGCAAAGCCAGGACUUCACAGACGGCAGCAACACUGAGGACAGCAAUCUCCGGCUGUUCGUGAGCCGCGACGGCUCCACCACGCUGAGUGGCAUCCAGCUGGCCAACAGGGUCUCCUCUGGGGUCUAUGAGCCUGUUGUGAUUGAAAGCCAUUGAGGAGCGGGUGUCCAUGCUGGAGAAGGGCCCUUCCUCUGUGGGCAUCCAAGCCCGCAUCAUUCCACGAGGGACCUUCCCCUUCGGAUCGUCAUCCGCACCGCAUCUCAUCUGUGCCUCCUCCAUGCACUCCAGCCCCGCUCCUGCCCCAAAGCAUCAUUCCAUUGUCCUCCCAUCCAUCCCGGGACCCUCCUGGCCUGCCAGGCCCGGGCACCACUGUGAAUAUUCUCCUCUGAACCACUAGGGGGCAGGACGUGCAGGUCCGUGAAGCAGGUGGACCAGACAAAGACGGCCAGGCCUGCCCCUCUGGAGACCAGUCUGGCCCCUCGUCGAGGACAUGCAACAGCACCUACAUGCAGGGAUGCUUGUGGCCGAGGGGCCUCUUGCCCUGUGUCCCUGCUUACUCCGGGAGCAUUGGCUUAGCAUGCCCCAGCAGGGCCUUGCUCCACUGCCCCCUCGCCCUUGGGAGGGCCAGUCCAUCCCUGAAUCCCGCCACCACGGCCCUCUGACUGCUUAGUGCUUCAGCUCUUCCUUCCCCGUGUCCCUGGGGACCUGCUGGCGGCCUUCUCCUGGGAACCAAGACCUCAGACCCGUCCACACUCCAGAUUGAGACCCCCGCCCCCAAAGAAUGUUCUCCUGCUGCCCUGGCAGCCUGCACUUUGCACAUGCUUGCCUCCAGCACAGCCCCACCGGCCCUUGUCUGCCUUUCCCUUGAGCCCUUCAUAAGGGUUUCUGGGCACUGCCUGCUGUGCGGUCAGCGCCUGCCUCUAGCAGCCCGGCUGGAACGUGGCACUGCCUCUCCCCCGGUUAGCUCCAGCUCGGGCUUGACACCCAUGCUGAGCAUUGAUGGUGGCUCUUUUCUGCUUGGGGCUGGAUCUUGAGCAGCUGGUUUCCUAGGAAGCCAGGGAAGGUGCCUCCCAAAUCCUUGGAGGUUGGCAGUCAGGCUGGGCUGGGCUUGGCAAGCAAAGCCCCUUCUCUGUCCCUGCAGGGUCAGCUAGCCCAGGCUGGGGCUGAUGCUGGAGAGGCAGGCGGGCUGGGACUGGACCAGCCUGGAGCUGGCUUCCUGGCCGGAAAAGCCUCAGCCCUCCUCUGGAAGCAUCCCUCUCUCUGGGCUGGGGAGAGGCGGGGAGCAGUCUGGCCCUGCCCCUGCCCCUCGCUAAAGCUUCUGCCGCGUCGCCCGCCCCCUCUGGUCUUCCUUACUUGCUUGAAGGUGGGUUCUGACCGCCCAUCAGUCCCUGGACAGACUUCCCUGCCGCUCUGAAAUCUCACUCAUUUUGUGUGAACCCAGCAGGCUGGUGUUUACCUAGUCCUGUAUCGUUUUUCUUUUUUUUAAAUUUCCCCUUCUUUUCCUUUUUAAUUUUUUUUUUUUAAUUUCACAGUUUGGUAUUUUCUUCUCCCCCAGGUGAGGGGAGGUGGUUCUGUUCCCUUCCAUACCUGCUGGCUGGGUCCCAGCAGGGCUGGGGACCUGGAUGGGGGGCCAGAAUCCUGGCUCUCUCCCUGGAAGGGGUGUGGGUGCCAGUGGGGUGUCCUCCCCAGGCUGGGAGGGCUCCUUGCCCUUAUGCUCCAGCUGGCAAGAGUUGGAGCUGCUGUCUUGGAACCUCCUGGCCUUGGGAGCAGAGCAUUUCUAGGAUUCUUUGUUGUUGUUUUUAAUCCCCUAACUCUUAGAAAAUGAAUGUGCGGAGCUGCCUGCUGAGACAGGACAGAGCAUUUGCUGUGGCUGGAGAAGGCUCUGCUUAGCCCUGCAGGUCCCUUCCUGCCUCGCAGGCGUCUGGCACUUUAAAAGGGAGCUGGCCUUGCUGUUUCCAGAUGAAGUGACCCCCAGAAGAUGGGAGAGCACUCUCCUCCGCUUCUGUGUCUGCAUGACUUCAGCCCAGUGGGGAAGAGCAUUCAGGGUGUAUUUGGGAUCUGGCUCAAAGUUCUGGACUUCAGACAUAAAGCAGUUAACUCUGGUGCUGUUGGGGAGUCCCCCAAACCAGGAACCCCAACCCCACCCAAGGUGUGGUCUGGGCUUGACAGUUCACCCCAGAAGGACAAAGAGCCUGCCACAGCCUCCCCUGCCAGGCCGUGGGCCAGGGUAACUGGACUGAGAAUUUGACCACAUCCAAAUUAACACUAGCUGGAGCCAGAGGCCUGGAACCCCAGCCUCAUCCCCAUGUGGGAGCCCUUUCUUUGACCUCUGGGUCCCUUCAAGCUCAGUGAAUCCCCGCCAGGCCCACAUAGCUCCUGGACUUAAAAUUCUAUAUAUAGAGAAAGAUAGACUAUAUUAGAGGUAUUUUUGGAAAGGAAUCAGUCUAUGCAAUGCCAGUUUGGAAUCUUCUUGAAAGACAGUUUAACGUUUUUACUAGGAGAUUUAAAGAAAAUUAAAGUCUACAAUAUUUUUAGGUUACUUUUUUUCUGGUCCCCCCAAAUGGACCACAUGGUAUGAUCUGCCGGGAUGGAGAUCCGCCAUGUUCUCCUCUCUCUUGAGCUGGGAAAUGGGUGGGGGUAGGGGGGUGAGGUGGGGUCUUGGUUUUGGUUUU